AUGCCGGCUCGCUGGAUGGGUUCCGAGGGUUUUUUCAUCCCGCACGGGAAGGAACAGCUGCGAUCGAGAAAGUAUCUCGUUUGUCAAGUCAAACGACCGGCGGAAGAAAUGCCGAAGGUUCAAAGUGAAAAGCGCAAGGUGGCGAACCGCCAUAAUCCCCUACAUGUCGACAUCCUGGGUCAAGCAGGUGUACAUACACCGGAGACGGCGCACGUGUUCCAGAAGAAAGGCAAGAAUGCCAAAGAAUCAAAGUUGACCGACCCAGCUGACGACGGUUUUGAACCCGAUGAAGCUGACGGUGUUGUUCCCCAGCGACUAAGCAAGAAAAUUCUUCGCCUGGUUGAGGAACAGCAGCAUGACCGCGAGAAUGGCCGCAGUGGCGGAGGAAGCGACAGCGACGGCGAUCUCGGUUCUGAGGAUGUCAGUGAACCAUCGGAUGCGGAAGAUGUGGAUGCCGACGGUUUCGUUGUCAUCGACGGCGAGGCUGACGAGGAGGAUGAACUGUACCUGAAGCGGGUUCAGCAACGGCAGGGUGCCGCUGCCGCAGCUGCUCCGACUCUCGCGGAUUUCAUCUUGGCGAAAUUGCGGGAAAAAGAGGAACGCGCAGGGGGAGGCGAGGAGCCAGUGGAAGCGGAGGACGACCCGAGCGCUUUGCCCCCCAAAGUCGUCGAGGUGUACACGGCCAUGGGUCCCUUUCUUCAGAAGUAUCGAAGCGGUCGGAUGCCGAAAGCCUUCAAGGUUCUUCCCAGACUGCAGAGAUGGGAGGAGGUGCUGUUGUUGACAGAGCCGCAGAGUUGGUCAAAACAGGCCAUGUUUGAGGCGACGAAAAUCUUCAGCAGCAACCUGUCGAGCGCAGGUGCUCAGCGGUUUCUUUGUCUCGUCUUGCUUCCUGCCGUUCGAGACGAUAUUGCGAACAACAAGAAACUCAACUACCACCUCUACCAAGCUCUGAAGAAGGCGCUCUUCAAGCCCGCAGCGUUUUUCAAAGGGAUUUUUCUUCCUCUGGCUCUCGAGGGCUGUAGCAAUCGCGAGGCGAUCAUCGUGGGCAGCGUCGUGGCGAAGGUUUCCAUUCCGGUUCUGCACGGCGCUGCCGCGCUCAUGCGCCUAGCCCUGGUCCCCCCUUCGCAGUGGUUGCCUGCAGUCAGUGUGCUGAUGGGAAUCCUGAUCAACAAGAAAUACUCGUUGCCUGUGAAGGCAGUGCAGGCAUGCGUGUCUCAUUUCCACCGAUUCACGGAGAAGGCCGACGUCUUGCCGGUCUCCUGGCAUCAGGCUCUGCUCGUCUUCGUUCAACGCUACAAAUUCUGUCUCUCCGACAACGAGAGGAGCCUGCUGAAGGAAGUUCUGCGCGUGCAUUUCCACGAGAAAAUCGGCCCGGAAAUUCGCCGUGAGCUCUUGGCGAAGAACGCAGCGCUCGUGCUUCAGCAGCAACAGGCGCUGUUGGAGCAGCACGACCAAGCGAAAGCGGCGGGAGCCGACGUAGAGAUGGACUCGUGA